GAAACACUAACACCAUUUAAGUUAACUUCAGAAACAACUUCACUGAAGUGAUAUUGAAGUUAAGUUGAGUGUUUUUUUAACUGAUGGCUUGUCGUGUAGCUUCCUGCAGCGAAAUGGACCCGUCGGUGAUUCUGCCCGUCGAAGCGGAGGCGUUUGUUCAAAGUCUGGAAACUUUCUCUCUCAAGGAAGUGGGCUCUACGAGGUGGUUCAGACAGCAUGAGUACAUCGAGAAACUUAACAUGCAGGCAAUACUGAAUGCUUCUGCCAUGCAUGAUGAGUUCGUCAAGGAGCUCCUGGUGUCAUAUGGAAAGAUACCUGUUCUGGUCCAUGAGUUAAUCCUUGUCGAAGUGUGGAAGCAAAAAGUGUUCCCCAUCUUAUGUCAGCUGCAGGACUUCAAUCCCAAGAACACAUUUCAUCUUUACAUGGUGAUCCACCAUGAGGCAACGAUAAUAAACCUACUUGAAACAAUAAUGUUUCAUACGGAUUCAUGUGAGGCAGCUGAUGACUCUGUUCUUGACUUGGUGGAUUACUGCCACCGCAAACUCACCCUACUGGCCAGUAAGGGCACCGCAGCUCAUGACCAACACAACCUGACAGGGCAAACAGAUGUAUCUUCUAUAGAGGAGUUGCAGAUUCAGAGUGCUGCACUGGAGUUUGAGAUCUCCCUGAAGGCUGUGUCUGUGCUGCGCUACAUCACAGAUCACACCAACAGUAUCAGUGUUAUCAAUCGCAUGCUGUGCACCCAUAAUGUGCCUUGUGUACUGGUUCAGCUGAUUAACUGCUGCCCUUGGAGUCGCUGCAGAGAAGGUGAGGUGGAGAAGUACAUAAACGGCAAAUGGCAGAAGAUUCCUCUAGAGGACAAUUUGAAGAUGACAAAACUAGAUGGCCAGGUCUGGAUUGCCCUUUACAAUCUGCUACUAAAGGAGGAUUGCCAAAGGAAAUAUGACUUUAACAAUUUCAACAAGAAUCAGCUUCUAAAGCUACGAGGUUUCUUGACGGAGGUGUUGGUUGAUCAGCUGCCAAACCUGGUGGAGCUGCAGCGUUUCCUGGCUCAUCUUGCAGUUACAGACCCAGCCCCUCCAAAAAAAGAGCUCAUUUUGGAGCAGAUCCCAGAAAUGUGGAACCGCAUUGUGAGUGAGAAUUCUGGGAAGUGGAAGGCAAUAGCAAAGUAUCAAGUGAAAGAAACAUUCAACCCAUCUAAAAAUGACCUGAGACUACAGGCACAGAGACUGGCCCAGACGUACAACUUGGAUGUGAUGGAGAGUUUACUCCCUGAGAAGCCAAAGUGUGGAUCCUGUGGGAAAGAAGCGGCAAAGAGAUGCUCUCGAUGUCAGGGAGAAUGGUAUUGCCACAGAGAGUGUCAGGUGAAACACUGGCCUAAACACAAGAAAGCUUGUCAGCUCAUGGUCGAGGCGACAGAGAAGAUCCAGAGAGAGCUGAACAUCAACAGCUGAAAGAGAAACUGCUGAAGCAGCAGAAUGGACUGGCGAGAAACAAUGCGAGAUGGGACUUUUGAUAAACAAGAUAUGAGGAGAGCAGAUCUGCAUGUGGACAAAGCAGAUUUGGAUUUCUAUAUAUUAUAAAUAAAGAAUUUUCUUUCUUUUAAUGCUGGUAAAGUUUAUGCUGUUAUAGAAUUUUGCUGUAACUUUUUGUUUUAAAUACUGUGAUAUUUGUUCCUGUGAUGAUUACUGUUUUGAUCUUGGUAAGUGACGGGGUGGAAGCGCAUUUCACUUCAUCACAGCA